CGAGUUCAGACACAGAUGCAUAGAACAUACCUCUUUUACAUCCAGUACUGAAAACAAAUUCAUCUUACCUGGUUUUGCAUACAUUGAUUUCUUUGAAAAUUAAUUUUGUUAUUUCAAGGACAAAUAAAAGAGUUAUUUAAUUUCAGCUUCUGUUUUUAACUUUUUUCUGUUUGCUAAAGACGGUAUCUUUAUACACUUCAGGCGUGUAGGAUGGCAAUGUCAAACAUUGACGCCGAUGAAGUCAAUCUAGACAGCAGUAUGGAGCUUGAUGAAAGCUCUCAGGAACCUCUGCGUGCAGAUAACUUCGAAGAAAUUUACAAUUCUCUUGUACAAGACGAACCUGAUUUGGAAGAGGAGGCUCAUGGCUCUUAUUCCUGGGUCGUGAAGGGGUUCAGUAAACUCGUGGACAAAACAUACAGCUCUGUGUUUAUGACAGGUGACAGUGCGUGGCGCUUAGUAUUGUUUCCCAAGGGAUGUAAUCAAACUGAAUAUGCCUCCGUGUUCUUGGAAUAUUUGCCUCGUUGUAAGGUCGAUGCUAUAAAACGAGAACAAGAAGAAAUUUCCGAAGGAAAAGAGGUCUCAAUUGAUCCAGAACUUGUAACCGACGAGACGUACUCUUGUUGUGCGCAAUUCGCCCUUUCCUUAUCCAAUGUACGGAAUCCCGCGGUUAUGCAAAUUAAUACCUCUCAUCAUCGUUUUCGUUCGGAAGUAAAGGACUGGGGUUUCACUCGGUUUGCCGAUCUUCGUAAGAUUGGAGUCCCUGCUUCUGACUUCCCUGUGCCUUUCCUUGAGGAUGACCAGCUUUGUAUUUCAGUAACCGUUCGUGUCCUAAAAGAUCCUACUGGUGUCCUUUGGCAUUCCUUUGUCAACUACAACUCUAAGAAAGAAACCGGAUAUGUCGGUUUAAAUAAUCAGGGUGCCACUUGCUACAUGAACUCUCUUCUUCAGUCCUUAUUUUUCACAAACGUUUUUCGGAAAACCGUUUACAAAAUUCCUACCGAUGCCGAUGACGCAAAAGGCAGCGUCGCUUAUGCGCUUCAACGUGUUUUCUAUAAUCUAGAAAAGCAAAGAGAAGCCGUUAGUACCAAUGAACUUACCAGGUCGUUUGGUUGGAAUUCAUUCGAUUCGUUCAUGCAGCAUGAUGUGCAAGAAUUUAACCGUGUAUUACAAGAUAAUCUUGAAAAGAAAAUGAAAGGUACCGAUGUUGAGAAUGCGUUAAAUGAUAUUUUUGUUGGAAAAAUGAAAAGUUACGUAAAAUGCAUCGAUGUCAAUUAUGAGUCAGCUCGUGUUGAAGACUUUUGGGAUAUCCAACUUAACGUUAAGGGUAUGGCCACCUUGGAGGACUCUUUUCGCGAUGCUAUCCAAGUCGAAACUUUGACCGGUGAUAACAAAUAUUAUGCCGAAGGCCAUGGUUUACAAGAUGCGCAUAAGGGAAUCGUUUUUGAGUCAUUUCCUAAUGUUUUACAAUUGCAACUGAAACGUUUUGAUUACGAUAUGGUACGAGAUAUGAUGGUAAAAAUAAAUGAUAGACACGAGUUCCCUUUGGAGAUUGACUUAGAGCCUUAUCUUUCGGAUACUGCAGAUAAGUCUGAAUCCCAUGUUUAUUCGUUGCAUGGGGUUCUUGUUCACGGUGGCGAUCUCCAUGGUGGACAUUACUAUGCUUUAAUUAAACCAGGAAAGGAUAGUGGAUGGUUCAAAUUUGAUGAUGAUCGAGUAACUCGUGCAACUUUGAAAGAAGUACAAGAUGACAACUUUGGAGGUGAAUCUCUUAAUAAACCUAAAGGCUAUACUGGAAAUCCAUUCAAGCGUUUUAUGAAUGCCUAUAUGCUAGUUUACUUUCGUAAAAGCCGGCUGGACAAAAUUCUUUCUCCCGUUACUUCUGAAGAUGUGCCUUAUCACGUAAGAGUAUCAUUGGAUGAAGAGCACCGAAUUAUGGAGAAAAAACUUCAAGAACGUGAAGAACAAUAUUAUUAUCGUAAGGUUCGCCUCUUAAAUAUUGAUGGAUUCCGAAAUCACCAUGACUAUGACAUGGCUGACUUUUCUAAGGCGACCAAAGAGAAUGAUGAUAAUUUGUUCGAAACGAAGAUAAAAAGAAAUGCCACCUUUUUGGAUCUCUACAACCAAGUCGCAUCUACAUUGAAGCGUGACUCUACAUCUAUUCGCUUAUGGAUGAUGACCAAUCGUCAAAACAGAACGGUUAGAGUGGAUUUACCUCUCGAUAAAAAAGGCUUGUUGGUUGACCAAAUCUGUGACAUGCACAUUCGUAAAGAUGCUGAUAUGCGUAUCUACGUUGAAUAUAUUGAUGAGAACCUGAAAUCAUCUUCCGUAGUUGCUGAUGAUACCUCUGCUUUUAUUUUCUUAAAAUAUUUCGAUUACCAGAAGCAAACAAUAUCUGGUGUUAUGAGUUUGCAUGUGGACAGGGAAAGUCCCAUAUCUGUUCUCUCAACUACUGUAUGCGAGACCAUGCGUUGGCCCGAGGAUACUCCAAUUACAUAUUAUGAGGAAAUAAAAACCGGAAUGGUGGACAUAUUAGAUGCAAGUUCUAGUUUCUUAAAGUCUGAAAUUCAGGAUGGUGAUAUAAUAUGUUUUGAGAGGAAUGAGGAUCGAUCGGAAGUUGCUCAUCGCCAAUUUGGCAGUGCUUUAGAUAUAUAUGAUUUCUUAGCCCACCGUUUAUCCGUUACUUUCGAACCUCGUAACGGAGAAGACUCUGAUGGGACAUUUGAUUUGGAGUUAACGACACAUACCACCUAUAAUGAAAUGGCUCAAGCAGUAGGUAAAGUACUCGAUGCUGACCCUGGUUAUCUGCAGUUUACACUGGCUCAUUUACCUUCUAAGACACCAAGAACGGUAAUUCGGAACCCCUCCAAAUUUACCUUGCAGAAUGCAAUCCCUUAUGCUUACGCUAAUGAUCAACACGUUGUAAUUUUUUACGAGAUAUUAGAUCUUAGCCUUAGUGAACUUGAACAUAAGCAGUUAGUUCAAGUUCACUUUAUUUCUGAUGGAAUAACUAAAACGACCAAGUACGAAUUUUACGUAAAUAAAGAAGGUUUUAUUAAAGACAUCCUUCAACAAGUUGCUGGGAAGGCUGGACUUGAUCAGGAAAAGUCUAAAAACUUACGUUUAUACGAAGUCUACAAUCAUAGAAUUCUUAAAGCACAUAACCCGUCAGAUAGUCUUUUUGAUUUAAACGAGUUCGCAACGAUUUAUGUUGAAGUUACCUCUGACGAAGAGGAGGUUGAACUCUCCGAGCAAAAUGGGGUUUCUAUAAUUGUUCAACAUUUCAACCGAGACUUAUCUCGUCUUCACGGAAUUCCAUUUUAUUUUACUCUACUUCCCGAUGAAGACUUAAGCACUUUAAAAAAGCGCCUUCAGAAACGAUUGGGUUUUAAGGAUGCUCAAUUUGCAAAAGUUAAACUUGCUGUGUUGCAAGCUCAAUCUUUUGGAAAACCGUAUUAUCUGACUGACGAUAGUGAAGUGCUUUAUGGAGAAUUUGAGCCUGAAUCUCAUAUACUCGGAUUGGAUCACCCUGCUCCAAGCUCCUCUGGUCACGGCAUGGAUCAAGCAAUUCGUAUGAAAUAAGAAGGGUCACAGUCUAUGCUAAAAGUUUGUACACUGUUGCUCGUUUAUAGAAGCGAGAAGUGCAUUUUGUUUAAUGAUAUAUACCUAGAAUUUCAUUUCAUUGUUUUUGUUUUCAAUAACCAUUCUGGAUUCCAGAAUAUUUCAUUGAUUUAGUUUUGAUUAAACUGUUAUUUUAUUCGUUGUUAGUCUUGUAGAUGGAAAUAACUUAUCCUGUUUUAGUUCAUUAACAAACUUAAG